UCUCCAGGUUGUGACAAGGGACUCCAAGUCUUUCUGCUAGUCUUGGAAGACAUGUGAAUGUUUAAUGAUCCAAUGAGGACUAGUGCUGACUCUGAUGUAUUAACGUAAGGGGUGAAUCAGUCAAAUAUGGAAUGUCACUGCUCCAAGCUACCAUCUUCACCUCCAGCUUCAUCAUCAAAUCUCCACAUACCUCUCCAGCCUCUACCCCGCCAAGCAACCGCCCUCAUCAUUCCGUUCUAGUCAACCACGAUAUACCGAGACCAGACACGAUGACUGACACCUCUACACUCUCAAACCUCGCAUCCUACACCUUCGGCGGGUUAUGCAUCCUCUCAGCCCUCCCAUUCGUCGGCAUUCCAUUUCCCAACCGCCGCGCGGCAGACUACUACGCCGGCAAAAGCGAGUGGAUGUCGCAAAUCUUUCGCCGGCGUCUCACCCCCGGACAAGCCGGCUACUUUGGCGCAGCGUUACGCAUCGCAGUCGGCGCAGCCGUCAUAGUCCCCGAGACGAGGGAACCUGCGCUGCUCUUCAACGGGGCUGUCGUCACAUACGGGACCGUAAGGGCCUUUGUAGAUGGGCGACCUAUGCUUCCGCAAUGGGGAAUGUUAGCAGCGAUUGCGAUUUGUCUUGGUCUUGGACGUUUAUCGCAAGCUGUCUCAGUCAAAGAGGCGUAG